AUGAGGUCUUCUUCCUAUCAUUCUCGAUACUUCUCCAAUCAUUCUCCUUCCUUACAUGCUUCGACAGGAUCAGCCGCGGUACCAAGCCCGGCAUUUACCCAUCAUCACACAGCUCCUCUUCACCAAUUCAAUCAUCCAGAACAAGAGCGAGUACAAAAUGAACUCCAAUACGGGAGCCAGUCUCAAUACAGGCACAAUUCGCAUUAUCAUAGCCACAGUACGACUGCUCAGACAUCUUCGCAACAUGUAUAUGCCGCUAUAACACAACAAGCACCAGAUGAACCAUUCCUGUCCAAAUCACCGUAUAGCAAUGUUGAACAAGCUGGGAAAGACAUCCUUCGGUCCGCUCGGCAGAAACUCGAUGCGAGGCGGAAAGCUAGACCAAUAUCUGUAGAGCAAAAGACUUCAUCUACGUUGAUACCAAAUGCAUUGGUGAUGAAAUCACCGUCUGUUGGUGAUAUCAAACGACAACUGUGGAGUGACGAUGAAAAGUUACAGAGUUCACCAGUGACAAAACUCCAUCAUUCUACGGCAACACAACCACCAACACAACAUGCUGAUCAGAAUAGUAUCCAAACAAGCGAAUCGGCAUCGCUGAGUCUGCGAAGUUAUAGAUCUCUAUCCCCAUCAAGAGUUCACACCAACGUUAUGGAUCGAAGCUAUGACUCUGUCGAUGCCAAGUCUACAACACAAACUACUCCUACUACAAGUACUGACAGCGGGCGUGGACGUGGAGGGCCGCUUUUUCAUUCCAAAUAUUAUGCUGCUGCGAGAGCUGCACGAUUGCGGGACCAGAAAGAGCAAGAACAACAAAGGUCUCGAUCCAGUUCAAUACCUGCGGUGUCAUUGGGUAAAGAAAGUGCGUCGAAACUUCCAACUCGUCAGCCCAGCCCCCCGCGUUCCCAUGCACCGAGAUCAAGAUCUCUUUCAAGAUCGUUUUCAUCAACAAACAAAAACGGUGCAUCGGAACAGCAAGAAACUGCUCCAGCGCAUCAGAACAGUCACUUGGGUUCAAAUUCAAAACGAUCUCGAUCUCUCUCCAGAUCAUUCCCGCCGACCAAGGAAAGCAUUUCAUCAACUUGUGCAAAACAACACGCGACAAUAACCUCCCGCCAGGCGAGCACCUCAUUGCGAACUUCUCCGCUAAGGGCUCGAUAUAUAUCUAGGUCAUUCUCAUCGACGAACGAGACUGCAGCAUCAACAAGGACAGUAGAUUCGAAGCAACACGCGAAUAAUAUACCCACUCGCCACACUAGCCCCUUACCAACGUCACAACGCAAUUCGCACAGCAUGCCACCGCGAAAGAAGUCCGAGCAGGCCAAGGUUGCCAAGGUCCCGAGCUCACCGCAAACCCACAUGUCCAGUAACAGUCCCAGGUCUGCCUCAUCUAGUUCAACCACGGAGAAGGAACACCGCCUCAAAGGGAGCUCCCCUAACGGAACUUCUAUCCUUGCAAGGGGGAGACUCGCAAAUAUGGCACUUGAAAAGGGCUUAGCAAAUAGGAACGGGAGAUCUCGAUCACCAUUCAUUGAGAAGCGGAUGCGUUCGUUUUCUCGUGAUCGUGAGCAGAACGAGCUCAAGCUGUCACCGGAACAGAGGCCGCAACAAACCGUUGAACAGCAACAUUUUGUUGAAGCAGGGCAAGGGGCUUCAGACAGAACCCAACCGUUGCAGACGUAUGGGGCAAGCUCGAGCAUGCAAGGAGCUGAAAAGACUACAAAACCCAAAGUUGCGUCUGCGCGUGGAGAACGUUCCAGCAUUGCAGCCUUUUGGAAUGGUAAAAUCAAUCGAGUGACCUCGAGUCCGAGAGGAUCGACUGAAAGCCCACAGAAACGUCCAACGAGGCAGAAAGAGGAGAAAGAAAAAGAAAUCAAUUCCACUGAAUCCAAACCUUCCAGCUUGGAUCUCAUGGCCAAACUUAAUGCAGUUGAUCGUCAAAAUCCAGCACAAGCUUUGGCUCAAAUUGACUUCAUUUUGCGAGAAGAAGGUCGAAUGAACUCGUUUGAACCCAUUUUGAUCAAUCCCAAUGUUGGAAAUGAUGACGACUCGGCAGGGACAACGAUAUCAUCCCUCACAAAUCCGGAUUAUAGAGAUUGGCAAAUUCAGCAGCAAAUGCGUGCAAAUCAGAAUGUUCCGAAUCAGAUCGCACCUACUACCGCAGUUUCUUCGUUUCGACGCCCGCGCCCAUCGCAUUUGCAGAACUACAAUCCCAACAGUUUUUCAAAGGAAAAAUCAAAUCCCCUUUUCACCAAUCAUCAAAAGCAGCCACAGCCCGUUGCAACAACGACUUUAGAAAAGCAAAAAGCUAAACAAAUGGCAAAGCUUGCGAACACUUCCAGGGAAGCGAAAACCAUUAUCUACAGUACUACGGUCAAUCAAGAAACAACCCUUCAGGAUUCCACUAGCUCUCCACUUCCAAGGCCAUCGUCACUGCCUACGCAACGUUCGCAUCCGUGGGAUGGCGACGCACCUGAUACUGAAUCUAUCCCAGUCAGUGUCCCACCGAUUGAAGAAAGAGUUGCGACUAUUGAUGCACAUACCGAAUUCAAAAGGCAAGAGCAAACGAUGCGUAGUCGAAGCACAGUUCCUGCCAAGACUCCUAGAGUGGAGACCAAUUCAGGCUCAUCAGGUCUGGCCGAUAAUGAUUUCAAUAUUAAUGCGAAGACAGGUGAUUUGACUGCAAAGCAGUCAAACAAGAAAGUCUCGACUCCAAGAAUCACUCCCCAACAGUAUGCGAAUUCGCGAAAGAUUUCAGAUAACUUUGACACAGCAUGGGCCUUGAUGCCAGAUAGUGGCUUUGCGCCUGUGGGCAGCCCAAAAGGACGACAGGGACGGGGUUCACAAUCAUCGAGAACCUCUCGCACCCUAGACUUAAAUACCUCGUUUGAUGCUUCCAGCAAUGCCACCCGAUCCUAUCAUUCUCGGUCAUUGUCCAUUCCAGAAGACGGUGAUAGCGAAGGAGUGAAUGGAGAAAGGUUUUCGAUUGAAGUCUCGCUGUACAAUCCAGAUCCAAACACUCCAAAUAAGGGGGGCAGCAAACCCAAGUCUCGGAAAAGAGGAUUUCUUCGAUCAUUGGUACGGCGGCAAAAUGGAAAGAAAGGAACCACUUCUUCAACGAACAGCGAGUCGCAGAAUAGUACAGGAAUGUAUUCUGGGUCACAGUCAAGUUCUGCUGCACAAUCUCGUUCAGCACCGGGUAGCAUGAAUUCUGGGCGAAGCUCUUCAGUUGUUUCCCCGCCUUCUAUCCGCAAUGAAUCUCGACAGAGAAGUCGAUCGACGGCCCCUAGUAAACCUUCAUCUCCGGCUCCAUCGCAAACAGCGCAGUCUGAUGGUUCAAUCGAUGGGUUUCGGACAGCUAGUAUGGCUAAAAAAUACAGCCGCGUAAUGAGACUGUAUGACGAUGAUUGA